AGAGACGGUGGCAGAGGGCCAGUCGGUUUCAGUCAGCGCCAGACAUCGCUCGCGCCUCCACCGUCUUUUCUUCACCUCUCUCCAGCGCUCCUCGAUCGACAAAUUACCCAAAUCUCAUCACGUCCAUUUCUCUUCUACUUCUUCUUCUUCUUGAAAAAAAAACAAAAAUAUCGCCGACGAUUAGCGGCGCGUUCAUUUGUCAAAUUCAAAAAAUAGAAAUAGUCCCGCCGUUUUUGUGCGCUUCGUUAUUAUCCGUAUCGCAGAGUUUUUCUUUUUCAGGUGCGGAUUUCCUUGUGUGUGUCUUGAUGUGCGAGUGGGUCUCAUUUACGUGAAGUGGCGGAUGGGUUGCGAAUUCAGAGCGCGAAAUUUAAAACAAAAAUCGCGCGACUGAAGCAAUUUUUUCAAAUUAAAAACUAAAAACUCAUUUUCACCUGGCGCUUUUCUUUUUUUCCUGCGCAGGAAAAACAUUUUUUAUCUGAUUCGUUUUGUUUUCGCGACUCUUUUAUAGAGACGAGAGCGAGGAAAACAAAGAAGUGAUUAUUUCGGUUGAGAGAGUUGACAAAACAAACGGAAAACAAGAAAACUCGUUCGUGUUUUUUCUUUUUCCCGUUGGGCUCCUCUCAGUUGGGACCGUCAAAACAAAAGCAGCCCAGCCAAAAGGCAUUUCCAUAACGUCGACGAUAAGCAGCGCAUCGUCAUGAAACCGUCGUCAUCGGUCAUGAUGAUCGCCUUUUGGUUCCUCCUCAUCGCCUGGCCCUCAACCAACGCUGAAGUGAAACUGGAAUCGGGAUGCCUCAAGCCAGAGACGCCCGAACACGGCGAGAUGUUCGUCCUGUGGUCCGGCCUCCUGGUCCAGUUCCGCUGCAAGAGCGCCGACUACAAACUGGUCGGCGCGGCCGCCGUCAUUUGUCGCAACCGGACCUGGACUCAAGACCCGCCCGUCUGCGUUCAUCACCAUCAGCUGGAAGCUCAUCUGGCCAGCCAACAACAACAACAGUCUGUCGGUGACAACGGCUCGUCGGAAAUGGCCGAGAUGAUGACCAAAGAAGAGCAAGACCGGAUGGAUGACGUCCAAUCAGCUGGAGCCAACCCGACUUUAUCGAUGAUGACGGCGUCGGACGAGGAUCCCGUCAGCCGUGGCAAGAAUAACAACAAGAAGAAGGACGGCGGCGGCGGCAAAGGCAACAAAAAGGAAGACAAGAAGAAUAAAACUGAAAAGAAGGAAGCGACUAAAGAGCCAAAGAAUAAAGCGGAAGGCAAAGCAUCAAAGACUCCGCCGGCUUCCAGCAGCACCAAUGCCCCCGCAGAAAAGAAGAAUAAAGGGAAAAAAGGCAACGGCGAUAACAAACAUCCGUCUGGCAAAGGAUCAUCGGCCGCCAGCAGCGAGGCUCGAAACGUCAACGAAGUCGAAUCGACGGACGGCGCGGAAGAAUCCGGACCAAACUCGCCAGUGGAUUUCGCCACUUUGGAUCAAUCCUGCCUGGUCGAUGCCGAUAACAACAACAGUCCAGUCGUCCAAGCUCCAGCCAUUCCCCACGGAUCGGGAAUCAAAUACAUUCGGAAGCGAAACAAAGGGCCGGGUGGUGGGAAUCGUUACGCCGCUGCCGUGUUCCAGUGCGCUGCUGGCUACCAGUUUGUCGUCCCGGACGCGGAUCGUCUUUACUGCCGGCAAGGGCGUUGGAUAGGACCGAGCCCAAUUUGCAUCAUACCCGACACCGACCAGACCGAUCAAGGUGCUGGCGCAGUGAGCAAUAACGCUCUGACCGAGAGGGAGGAGGAGUCGGCCAACGCCGGCAGCUACGGCUACGGCACCGGACGGUCAGAAUGUGGCGAAGAUAAAGGCGGAUGCGAGCAGAUCUGCGACGACACCAGCGGACGGGCCACUUGUUUAUGCUACCGAGGCUACGUCGUUGCCCAAGACGGAGUCAGCUGCACAGAUGUGGACGAGUGCGCGGUUGACAACGGCGGAUGCGAGGGAACCUGCGUCAAUCGACAAGGCUCCUACCAGUGCUUCUGCUCCUCGGGAUUCCGGCUGGCUUCCAACGGCAAAAAAUGCAUAGAUCACAACGAGUGUUUGUUGCGCAACGGUCACGGCCCGUGCCAGGGCACUUGCCGAAACACUCACGGCAGUUACGAGUGCAGCUGCGACGAAAGGCCGGGAACUCAACUGGCGGCCGACGGGCACACGUGCGAAGAUCUCGACGAGUGCAGUUUGGGCGACAAUUUCGGCUGCUCUCACACGUGCCUCAACACCCUGGGAACGGCCUUCUGCACCUGCCCAGACGGUUACAUGCUGGGCGACGACUGGAAAACAUGCGAAGACAUGGACGAAUGCGAAUUGGAGGACGUUGGGCAAACUUGUGCGGGCACGUGCAUCAACACCAUCGGCUCCUUCCGCUGUUCGGAGGAGGACGACGCGUCAUCGCAAGAGGACAGACAGGAUCCCGAGAACGAGGAAGACGAUGGAGAAGCCGCGGAAGCAAUCCAGGAAGCAGCUACUUCCAGCUCCACUCAGACGAGUACGACCACUUCAACCACCAUCACCACUCCCACGACUACUACUACCACGACUACCACAACCACCCCCACUCCAACAACCACUUCGACGGAGGCAACGACCACCACGUCAAUUCCGACGACGAUGAAAGCGAUUACGACGACUACCACAACCACGGAAUCGCCCGCUCUUAUUCCGGCAGAAGAGGAAGACGAAGAUGAAGAGAACGGAGAAGAAGAAGAAGGAGGAGAGGAGGAGAGCGAAGAUGGAGAGGAGGAAGAACCGGAAGAACCGGAAGACAACAAAAUCGAUCCUAUCACGACGACGACGACGCCUCCUCCUGCAGUAAUAGUCGAGACUAAAGAGGAAGAAAAGAUUCCAGAGCUGGAAGAGACUUGUCCGGAAGGUUUUCAACUAGCCGAUCGGCUGGCAGAAGCCGAAGAUGGAUCGGCCUGUUUGGAUGUAGACGAAUGCGCCACAGAGGAUCAAUUCGGUUGCUCCCAUCUCUGUGUCAAUACGCAAGGAUCGGCUCAUUGCGACUGCCCCAGCGGCUGGAAAAUGGCCAACGACGGCAAAACAUGUCGAGAUAUUGACGAAUGUUCGACGGGCAACAAUUUCGGUUGUUCGCAUCAGUGCGUCAAUACGGAUGGAUCGGCCCACUGUUCAUGCCCUUCCGGCUACUCCUUGGACGCCAGUGACCACAAAACGUGCGUCGAUGUGGACGAAUGCUCGGACCAAACGCUGCCCAACUUUGGAUGCUCUCAUCACUGUGUCAACCUGCCCGGAAGCGCCGAAUGCAAGUGCACGGCCGGCUACAAGCUUCGUGCCGAUCAGAAAACUUGCAAAGAUAUCGACGAAUGCGCCAAGGAAAAUGGAGGCUGUUCACACGAGUGUGUCAAUCUCAAAGGCGGAAUGAGGUGCGAAUGUCCCGGCGGAUACCGUCUGAGCGAAACAGACGCCAAGAGCUGCCUCGACAUUGACGAAUGUGCAUCACUGGAUGAAGAAACUGAACACUCGUGUCGCGCAACUGGCGGCUCCUGUCACAACACACUUGGCUCUUACCAGUGCAUUUGUCCGGAAGGAUUCCGGAGCAUUGGCACAGCUUGCACAGACAUUGAUGAAUGCGCCGAACUGUCACCGUGCUCAACGGCCUGCACCAACCUGCAGGGAUCGUACCGAUGCGAUUGCGACGAUGGAUUUGAAAAUGUCAACGGGACAUGCGCAGAUAUCAACGAGUGUCCCAACGGAGUCUGCGAUCAACUUUGUACCAACAUCCCAGGAUCCUACAUCUGCGACUGUCAUCCCGGAUAUCAGCUCAUAGGAGAUGUCUGCAUAGAUAUUGACGAGUGCGCAAUCGGCAAUCCUUGCGACGACAUUUGUCGCAAUACUGUUGGCGCCUUCGAAUGCCUGUGCGCCGAAGGUUUCCAGUUGAAUAACGACGACCAGUGUGUCGAUAUUGACGAGUGUCUCAACGACCCCUGCGAGGGCAUCUGCAUCAAUACUCAAGGAUCCUACUCGUGCUCCUGCGAACUUGGAUACCAACUGGGAGAUAACGGAACUUGUUCAGAUGUCGACGAAUGUCUUAGCAGCCCAUGCCCGGUCGAGUGCAUCAAUUCUCCAGGAUCUUUCACUUGCCUUUGCCCUUUUGGCUACGAGUUUGACGACAACGUUUGCAAAGAUAUAGACGAAUGCCAGAAGCAACCGUGUGGUACAAAUGCCAAAUGCAUCAACAACGAGGGAUCAUUUGCUUGCCAGUGUGAACCUGGCUACGCCCUCCGAGGCAGAGACUGCGAAGAUGUGGAUGAAUGCAAAGUAAACCCGUGCAAUGGAGUUUGUAUUAAUUUCCCAGGGUCUUAUCAAUGUAUUUGCGACCCUGGUUACGAACUGCGUGAUGGACGUUGUGAAGAUAUUGACGAAUGUUUGAACUACAAGUGUGGCGGCCGGUGCACAAAUUUACCAGGAAGUUAUCGUUGUGAUUGUGAAAAGGGUUAUAAAUUGGAAGGAGAACGCUGCGUUGAUGUGGACGAGUGUGUGUCACUCAAACCUUGUAAAGGCAGUUGCAUCAAUCUUCCUGGAAGUUAUCGCUGCGAUUGCAAUGCCGGCUACCAGACUGAAGGCAACGAAUGCAUCGAUAUUGACGAAUGCAGCCACCGUAAUGGCGGCUGCUCUCACAUAUGCGUCAAUACAGUCGGAUCUUUCCGCUGUGCGUGCAAUCCUGGUUUCGACGUCAGCCAUAAGAAUCAGAGCAAUUGUGUGGAUGUGAACGAAUGUCGUUCCAAUAACGGCGGCUGCAGCCAGGACUGCAUCAAUACCCGUGGCGCUUAUCACUGCACGUGCAGCGAUCAGUAUUACCUUGAAGCGGACGGGCGGACAUGCAUUGAACUUCCGCCAAGAUGUCCAAGAAUGAAAGUUCCUGACCACGGAGACAUGGAAUGCACACAAAAUUUAAAUCAAACCCAGCACAGGUCCAGGGAACAGGAGGACGAGGCUCUGAUCGCCGAGAAUGGACGAGGGGAUUUGGGUGCCAGCGGACGGUCGGCGAAUCGUUCACACAAAUCGCGGGCUCUUUACAAUACCGGAUCGACUUGCGUCAUCCGCUGCAACAAAGGAUACAAAUUGGUUGGGGACUCGACAAUCUCCUGCGGUCGCUCGGGGCUUUGGAUAGGAGAACCUGCCACUUGCAUACCUUUGUCAUGCCCCAAACUGCUGGCACCAGAUAAUGGUGCACUUAUGCCAAAUACCUGCUCCACCGGGAAGACUUUUGCUGGUCAACAAUGUCAAGUUCGCUGUCGUGCCGGAUUCCGUCUUAUCGGCGGAGGCACUUAUCAUUGCUUGCCAUCUCAACAAUGGCGCAGUCCUGAUGAACCUGCACGCUGCGAAAGGAUCGACAGUCCAGUUCCUUUUAUCCAGUGCCCCGGUAAUAUGGCGGUAAAUCUUCCAGCGCAACAAAAUCGAGCUUACGUGACUUUCUCUCAGCCAAAAUCUAAUAUGGAUUGGUUCCGUUACGUGGAUUCGGAUCCUUUAUGGGCGAAACAAUUGGGUGGGGAGCUGCCGGUUGGUUUGAACGUCAUCACUUUCCGGGUCCGGUCGCCCGUUUCGGAUCUCACAGCCGCCUGCAACUUUACCAUCGAAAUCUUUGAUAAGGAAAUUCCACGAAUGACUAACUGUCCGUCGUCUUUGACCGUUUUUCUGGAACCGGGCCAAUCUUCACAGAUCGUGACAUGGAACGAGCCUAUUUUUACCGACAACAUUGAGAUCGUCCAGCUCAACAAGUCCAGGGAACCGGGAGAGCUGUUCCAGUCUGGCUAUCACGAAAUCACGUACGUAGCACAAGACGGAGCGGGCAAUCAAGCCAAGUGCCAGUUUACUAUCCACGUCACGAGUCCCACCGUCCACAGGGAUACAAGUUCGCCCAUCACCAAGUUACCCAGAGGUCGAGUGUUGGUCCGUUGCCCUGGCAUCAAGCCGGGCAAGUACGUCGAAAUGUACACGUACAAGGUCCCGGCUGGCUGCAUCGUCAUCAAUAAUCCAAGCGCUUACACACGAGCCACAGUCACGACAUUGGCUCCACGCUACACAGUGUUUGAUUGGGAUUUCGGCGCUUCGGGCGGCGACGUCGACGGCCGGGAUUCGGCCAAUUCUGGUCGGCAUCCGACAUCUCACAACAAAUUAGUGGAUGGUGUCCCUCGGUUGCGGGACGCAGGGGCUCCUUCGGCUCCCGUCAUUGUGCCCGGCCCCGCCUUGAUUCCAUCAAUGGGUGGCGGCCAAACGGUACGGCUCAGCAACGGCCGUGCCCGCAAAUCACGCAUUAACGAGGCCAAUCUCCAGCUGUUGCCCAACGUUCCGUCAGUAGGCCUCAGACUGGCUUCUGCUGACGUUGAUUCGAGUGGUGCCGGGACGUGGCAGCAGCUUAAUCGUCCGUUACCGUAUUGGUGCUGCGGAGUAAGAGGACCGCGGCCAACUGGAUCCCGUCAAAUGCAUUUACCAGAUACGGAUAAUAAUAUUCCUUGGUCUUGGGAAGGUUCCAAUGAUCCAGUAGACCACAGGGGAAACAAAAACCGCAACCGUGACAAGAAACGAGGUGGUGUAGUUGAUUUGUUACUGCCGUUCACAGCAAACGAUGCUGAGCUCCAAAGCCCAACGACAGCUCGAUCCGGAAGGAAACGUCAACACGGACCCAAGCAUCAACCUAAACUCGUCCCUGGUCCCAGUUUUGUUCCGGGCAAUGAACGCAACAGUAAAAUAAAAGAAAAGAAGGAGAAAAAUACUGCUGCUGGCUCCACUUCAAAUAAUCGAAAGAAUAAAACGACUGCAAGCUAACAAGUAACUUCCGAAGAUUCACGAAGAAACAUCACGUUUUAGAUUAUUAUUUUCUUUUUGUCUUUUCGUAAACGUUUUCUCGCAAUAAUGACAAAAAUGACAUAACAUAUGGGGACUGGAUUGAACUCGGUUUCUAGUCUCCUGCGAGCCGAAUUGGGGAGAGCAACUGACGAUUAAAAUGUUGUAUACUAUUAAAAACACCACUUACUAUUUUCUGUUUUCAAGAUCCGAUGAGAAUUAUUGUGAACGAUUCUGUAUAACCAUAACUGUUUUCAAUUAUCAUUUUUAGCUUGCGCUGUAUAAAGUUUUUUGGCUUAGUAAUCCGAAACGUGCGCACAAACUGUGUUUCAUCAGUUCAUUCUUUCUUAAGGCCACGAAGCCUCCACUACAACGUCGUACUACUCUUUUUCCUGCAAAAUUUUUCCUUGAACGACGAGUGGACCAAAAUUAGAGAAGAAUAAGCAAAUUGGAAUACUCGGCUUAACUGUGGUGUAAGGAAUCGUAUCAAAAAAGAAACAGUGAGAUGAUUGAUGAUGUGCUCGAGUGCCUUUGUACUGUAAAAUGCCAGAUUCACUUUCGUUCGAUCCUUUCAGAACCAAAUGUCGGAACACUUAGGCACAUCCGCACAUGGUCUCACACGAAGAUUGUAAUUUAUGCUUCUAAGCGGUAAACCGGAUGGUGUUAUUUUUAAAAAUCUUCUAUAAUAGGACCGUCUUGCUGUAAAGAAGUAUGCAGGAAAAUAUAAAAGAUUGGCAAUUAAA